UUGGCUUCGUCAGACCUAGAAGGAGGCGAAUCUCUUGCCACCGAGCCGGACUGGCGGUGGUCGCCCCUCGCGAGUUGAAGCAGCUGGGGAGGCGGCGCGGCCAAAGAGGAGGAGGCGACCCUGGGCGGGCCAUCGCCGCCCCUCCUUUACCCACCACCGCCACUGCCGCCGACCUGACUGGGUUGCCAUCACUGCAGAGGGGGGCUGCCGUCGCCGUCGCUUCUUCAUCUUCCGUUCCUCGGUCUUUCUGGAGCUUUCGGGUCGCGUCGCCGUCCAGCUACCCCGGCAGCUGCAGGCGGGAGAGCGCACGAUGCGGGCGGUCCUUGCCCUGCUUGCUCUGAUCGGUAGCUUGCUCCUCUUCCUGUGCUUGGCGCGGCUCCCGGCCGACGGCGCCGGGGGCGCAAGUGGCUGGGACAUGGAGGGCAGAGCUGCGACGGACUACACCCCCAGAGUGAUGAGGUACCUCCGAUCCCCCACGAACGUCCGCCUGGUCACUCCGGUGGCCCCCGACAGAACAAUUCUUAAUACAGCCAGAGUGCAGAAAUCUGAGCAAGCCUCAAAAUGCAAGGAUAUAUGGAGUAACAAUUGGUCAUCAUCGAUCAAGAAGAAAAGAUAUUCUGAAGAUUAUUAUUUGCAAAUAGUUGGUAAUCUACAGAACUGUACCUGGAAUAGAAGGCCACAAGAAUAUGCCAAAUUCAGGGCAGAGCUUGCUUCAUGCUGCGAUGCUAUGCAUAAUUUUGUUGCUUCUCAAAAUAAUACUCCACUGGGAAGCAACAUGUCUUAUGAAGUGGACAAUAAAAAAACCAUCCACAUUACAGAGGACAUAUUCCAGAUGUUGCCAGAGUCUCAGCCUCUGGAUUUUCCUUUCAAGCAAUGUGCAGUUGUUGGAAAUGGAGGAAAUCUCAAGAAUUCCAAUUGUGGAGCUGAAAUUGAUAAAUCUGACUUUGUGUUUAGGUGCAAUCUUCCCCCAACCAGCGGAAGUGUCAGUCAAGAUGUUGGCAAUAAGACAAAUCUUGUAACUGUUAACCCAAGCAUUAUAGCUCAGAAAUAUAACAAACUGAAUGAUCAGAAGGCCACCUUCAUGGAAAACAUUGCAAGUUAUGGAGAAGCUUUCCUCUUGCUACCUGCUUUUUCCUUUAGAAGCAACACAGCAGCAUCUUUCAAAGUACAUCACACCCUGAGAGAGUUCAGCGCAAAGCAGAAGGCCAUAUUUUUCUAUCCGAGGUAUCUCAAAAGUCUUGCCCAGUUCUGGAGAACUAAGGGUGUCAAAGCCUACCGACUGUCUUCUGGCUUCAUGAUCACCAGCGCAGCAAUGGAACUCUGUGAGAAUGUGAAGCUGUAUGGUUUUUGGCCUUUCUCCAAAAGCAUAGCAGGUAUCCCCAUAAGUCAUCACUACUAUGACAACCAACUUCCAAAGCCAGGUUUCCAUGCCAUGCCCAAAGAGUUUAACCAGAUACUCCAGCUCCACGGAAGAGGUAUCCUCAAGUUGCAGUUUGGAAAAUGUUUGACAGAGUAGCCCAAGGUAUGUUUUUGCUUCAGAAUGGAGAACACUUCUGAAGGCCAUGCAUUCCUGUUUUGAUAAUCGGGAAGACAGUACAUGAUAGGUGAUGCCAGAAGUGUUGGAUGCUGGAGCUCAAACUGGGUUGUAAACCUCUUUUCUCUCUGUCUUUCUGAAACUCUUUCUUUCUUUAUGACAGUACAUUUGUUUAUAGCAUUCCCUUCUCUGUUUCUCUCUAUUUCACCCACUUGACAUUUCCCAAAAUUAUUGUCUAUAAAGGGCUUUUGAAAUGAGGACACCUGUACAGAAUUAUGGUGAGAACCAGGUGGUGCGUUAGGAUCAUAGAUUUGCCAUUUUUACUUUCAAUAAAAGAGAAUAUUUAUAGCUCAGGGUUGAACUGUGGAGUCCUUGAUGCUCUUGUUUUCUUGCAGAUAUUUCAUUAGCCAACUAAAUCGGUGACUCAUAUUGAUGAUGUUAUCUAGGCAGGUAAUGAAAUGUUUGUACGCAAAUAACCAGACUUGAAGAGCACUAAGAAUGCCACAUCUUUAUUUUAUUUUAGUAUCUAGUAAUUAAUUAAACAGCAAUGGCUUCAUGUUUUAUAGCUGGGGAGGACAAUCUUUUUUUUUUUUUUUUUGGAAAGGUUUUUCAGUUUUAUUUCUUAUACACAUAAUAUAAAAUGUACAUUUUCUUAUACAUAAUUAAUCCUACAUAUACAUGUUUUCCUUCAAGAAAAUAUUAAAAUAAGGCAUUUUAAUUACAUUCGGAGUUGCUCUUCUACCCUUUCUUCCCACAUUUUGCAACAACCCUUCUUCUUCUUCUCCUCUUUUCCUUCCUUCCCUCCCUCCUCUCCUCUCCUACUUUCUCUUCCCUCCUCUCCUACUUCCUACUUCCCCCUUCCUUUCCCCACUCCUCUCUUCUUUCCCCCCUACUCACCUUCUCUCCUACUCCUACCCCCUACCCUUCCUUCCUCUCCUUUUCCCUUUCUUCCAUUCCUUUCCCUUGGGGAGGACAACCUGUAGUUCAUAAUCACAUGCUAUCCUCAAAUCCAGACCUCUAUUAUUGAGGUCAACUGCAUAGUUUGUUUUUAGUUGGAGAAAAGAGAUGCAUAAAACUUGUAAAAGAAGCCCUAACAUAUUUUAAUAUGGCUUUAAGUUUCUUAAUGCCAUCUAAAAACCAGGGGAAAAUAGUAGAAGAUCUUAAUCCUGCUCAGGGUUAAAUAGGGCCACCAAUGAUCAUUGUAUGCCCAUAUACCUGAAGCUUUUAACUGCUUCAGAAAUGUUAUUUGACUUUACCACUUUAGAGUGCCUCUGACAACAGUGUUAUUCCUGUGAAUUUUCCUGGGCCUAUCCUUACCUAAAAUUAUAAUUUUAAUUUUGCCAUGCGGACAUGAUACCUCCUUGUAGAAGGAACCUCGGAGAGAAAUAAAUGGAGUCUUGCUAGAUCAGAAACAUUCUAUUAAAUAUGGCCCUUGUUCCCUACAAAGAUCAGCAAGCACAUAAAUUAAAGUUUAUAUCAUAAAAUAUCCAAAAGCAUGCAUGAUGUAUGCAAAGAUCUUUAAAAAACAAGAAUUUACUGUCUUACAUAUGAACUUCUAACCACAGAUUUGAUACUAGGGGAGAUACUGGCUUAGAAUGAACAAUGUUCUGCAUUUUUAAAAUCAUUAACCUUUAAGCUAAAAGAGAAGCUAUGUAGCUUUUUAUUGAGUUUUCCAAGGAAAAUAAUGUUUUGAUGAUAUUCUCAUGGAGGAGGUCUGGACUUUUUUGUAUUUAUUUUAUAUGUAAGGGAUUUCAAUGUACCCUAACUUUCACUGGACAAUUAUUUCUCCAUCGAUAUUCAGCCUCCUUCUCUUUAUUGAACCCCAUGGUAAAAUGUCAUGACACAGAGAUGCACUGCAAUCUGUUGUUGGAUUUGAUCAAGUCUCAAAUAAUUAAUUUUUGCAAGUAUAACUACAAAGCAUUUUGUACUUAAGUAUGGCGAUAUAAAAGUAAAUGUGUGCCAUUGUAAAUGGUUGUAAUCUACCUUUUUACAUAGAUUACAUUUUCAAAGGUCAGAAUGUUCAUUAAGAAGACACAAUCUCAGGAUGAAAGUGGUGUUUAUGUAACUAUUGCAUGCUUAGUUCUUAUUCUUAUAAACGUAUUUAUUGUUUCUUACUGCAACCUAAAAUGGUAGAGCACUGUCUAUCUAGGAUCUUGAAAUAUUACUGAAUCUUUUCCAGUGUGCAAAGAGUUAUACAUGGACUACGUCCAAAUGUGAGCCUUCCUCUGCAUUUUGCCAUUGCUUUCUUGUUUUUAUUACUUGUGGAACCUCAGUGUAGCAUCCAGCUUAUUUCUGUGAAGUAUUGAAUUGCCAAAAAGUGCAACCCUCUGCAAUCUCUUCACACCAGUGUGCAGGUAACAUGUACUGAAUCUUCUGCAUAUUUGUCUUGUCCAUCUCUUCUACAGAAUUUCUUUUAUACUCAUUAAAAUAAUAGUAAUUGAGAGCAGGCAAGAGAUUUUAAAAAUAUUCCAAUAUGCCUUAUACAAUCAAAUACUCCAAGAAUUAACAAUCCCUAUCUCAUUUUCCAGUCAUAAUAACAAAAAUUACAUAUUCCUGUAUUUUGUAACAAAGAUAAAAUUAUACUUUUAAGUGUGACACUAAAGAAUGGAAUUCAUGAGAUCAGAGUAAUGUGAAAAUGAAAAAAAAAUUGCUUGGCAGGGAGUACUGACAGUGUGCUUUGCACACCCAUUUCCAAAUAUUAUAAUACUUUUCUUGUAUGGGCAGACAAUCUAUUUCUAAUUGAUUCAUGUUUUACAGAUAAUCAUCUGGACUCUGAUAUUUAAUUCUUAAUGUGUGUUUCAUUAAAAUACUAUUAGAAUUAAA